ACGAAUGUACACCUAGUAAUUAUAAUUUGAAAAAAAAAAAAAAAAAACCCCACGACAAAUCACAAUGCAUAACUUAGCAAAACUUUUGGGCCCUUUCAAAAUUUAAAAUUUAAAUAUCCAUAUCCCAAUUGGGCCUCGUCCCUAUAUAUACUUCCACCUCCCAUGCAAACAAUACAUAUUUCUCAUACAAAAAUCAUUAAAUCAACCACUAGGAAAAGCGCUUUAAGGAAAACAAACAGGGAUGACGAUGAAGCAGCCGGAGGACGUUGAUCGAUCAGAAGCACCCCAACUUUGCAAAGCGGGUUGUGGGUUUUAUGGGAAUUUGAAAACCCGAAACCUUUGUUCUGUUUGCUUUAAGGUUGUGCUUCAGAAGGAGGCAUCCAAACAGACAGUUAUCGCAGUUAAUGUAGCUGAUACAGUCCCACUGAAAAAGCAUCAUAGUGUUGAAGUCAAGAAGAAGAACAGAUGCCAGGUCUGCAACAAACGGGUUGGGUUGAUCGGGUUUGGGUGUAGAUGUGGUCAUAGUUUCUGCGGGUUGCAUCGGAUGCCUGAGGAACAUGCUUGCAAGUUCGAUUUCAAGGCUGCCGGCCGUGCCGUUUUAGAGAAAGAGAACCCGGUUUGCGUGGCCGAUAAACUAGAGACAAGAAUUUAAUAAUUCAUCUU